UGUAACAAUCUCUCUAGCUAGAAGAACGAUCACGUGCGGUUUCAUGGCUGGCAAAAUCCUGUCUCUGUUGAAGCAACCACGAGGCUACCUCAAGCUCUUCGAAACAAUCGCGGCCAUUUUGACUCUCGCUCUUACGUGUUCCUUCAGCAGCCAGUUGCUCGUGUACCAUGUAGACAACCCAAACGAGCGAUUCAUCGCAUCUCUUCGCUUUCCGUUCGCCAGCCCCGUCGGUUCGUUCAACGACACGGAAAUUCCGGUCUAUUUAAACAAGUUCACUAUCUCUAUCGACGGGAGCAUACGAACCGGAGGCAUUGCAAUGGCUCUCGUCACCGCACUGGCUCUGACGGUGGGCAUCGUUUUCUUCUGUAUCUACUGUAGCGCACAGGAAGACUCACAAAAGAUCGCAAUUUGGGAUGUUUUUACUAAUUGCGUCGUGGGUUUUGCCGUGGCUAUUGUGAUGAUUGGUUGGUCGGUUCAGUUUGGAAGGAUGACGGAUCAGGUCGAGAACUGGGUGGAUGUCGUUUUCUACAACGCGACGAACUUGUGCAAGCCCAAUUCGGGAGAGGAAGUUCCGUGCGCCACAGAAUAUCCUAAUUACGCUCCUCUCAUCGUUGGAUUGGUGUUUGGAUACUUGGCUGCUGUGGCGUGGCUUGUGAACGUGUGGUUUGUCUACAAGAACACGUAUCUCCACAAGUACGAGAUACUAGGAAGCUCUGGCAGAGGAGGCAGAGAAGUUGCAGGUGGAAGAACAGUAACUACCGACACAGGCGCAUUCCGGAUGACAGGAGCGAUGACAGGGCGGGGAAGCCAACAGCGGUAUGGCAUUGACACAGUUUGAAUUCAACCACAUUCCGCGUUAAUCAAUCUGAACUAUUUCGUUUCAAACUUCUCGUUUUGCAAAUGUCAGUGUUAUUGCGAAUAAAUCAAAUGAAACGGUCUGUCCAUGCAGUUUGCAUAACCUGUG